AUGGAGCCACACAACCAUUCAAGCCUGGCUGAAUUUGUGCUCCUUGGUUUCCCCAGGGUGGGACAUAUCAGGGGCUGGCUUUUUGUCCUGCUGCUGUUGGCAUACCUGUUCACUAUCUGUGGCAACAUGCUCAUCUUCCUAGUCAUACGACUGGAUGCAGCCCUACACACACCCAUGUACCACUUUGUCAGUAUUCUUUCCUUCUUGGAGCUGUGGUAUACAGCCACCACCAUCCCUAAGAUGCUAGCUAAUCUUCUCAGUGAUAAGAAGACCAUUUCUUUUUCAGGAUGCCUCCUCCAGACCUACUUCUUCCACUCCCUAGGGGCCUCUGAAUGCUACCUUCUUACAGCAAUGGCCUAUGACCGAUACCUGGCCAUUUGCCGGCCCCUCCACUAUCCUGCAGUUAUGACCCCCAUGCUCUGUGCCAAGAUGGCUGCUGGUUGUUGGACCUGUGGCUUUCUUUGUCCCAUAUCUGAAAUCAUCCUGGUCUCCCAGCUCCCUUUUUGUGGCUACAAUGAAAUUCAACACAUCUUCUGUGACUUUCCACCUCUUCUGAGCCUGGCCUGCAAGGACACAUCCACUAAUGUCCUGGUGGACUUUGCCAUCAAUGCCUUCAUCAUCCUUAUCACCUUCCUCUUUAUUAUGGUGUCUUAUGGAAGAAUCAUUGGGACUGUACUGAAGAUAAAAACGAUUGCAGGAAGGAAGAAGGCCUUCUCUACAUGUGCUUCCCAUCUUAUUGUGGUCCUCAUCUUCUUUGGGAGCAUCAUCUUCAUGUAUGUGCGGCUAAAGGAGAGCUAUUCAUUGACCCUUGAUCGGACGCUUGCUGUAGUCUACUCUGUACUAACACCACUAGUCAACCCAAUUACCUACAGUCUUCGUAACAAGGAACUCAUUAAGGCCAUUAAGAGAACCAUCUUCCGGAAGGGAGAGAGAGCUAGUCCCACCCAACACUGACAUUCUACCAAGGUCUUUCCUCCACUUCAAUGUUGAUCUCAUAAAAUUCUAUGUAUCUUUGUC